GCUUACAGUUCAAUUAGAAACUAGUGGAUGUUGUUGUUGUGGCAAGCCUUUCCGUACCUGAUUGAGUAGUAGUAACCUCAACAUCCUCACAAUCAAUUCAGAUUCAACUCAAACCCUCAAAGGAGGCUCAAUUUACACACAAGUCAAGCCCUUCACCUCUUUUCUUUUCUUCUUCUUCCAAAGCUCGAACUGUCCGAUACAUUUUCCCACACAUAAUGACAAUCAAUUGAAAUUAAAUUAAGUUUGUCUCAAUUUCUACAAUAAUUACCAAUUUCCGACCGAUAUUGAAUACCCAAGUACGAUAACAUGCACGAUUGCGUUUCUUGAUCCUUUUUUAAGAAAAAAAAAGUACAGUAGCCUACUUUCUCGCAGCCGAACUUUAUCUCACAACGAACUUCUCUCAAUCAUUCGAUUCACAACUACAAAUUGUGCUUCCUGCACUGUGCAUCAGCACCCUACAGGUGAAGCAUCGCCUUCAUCAUGGCAACUGGUCUUCCUAUGGAGUCUCGUACUGGGAGAAAUAAUCAACGUACGUUUGCAAUUCCUCCAUGAUAUUUGGCGCAUCGUAUCUCAACCCCGACAUUCCCCUAAUUUCCCAAUCCGGAAAGUAUGUGAACUUACAUUUUCUCUUUGGCAUAUAGGUUAUGGCCCAGAAGGAGAAAGACUCGUUGCAGGGGUUGUGCCUUUGAACGAAGCAAAAACUCACGUCCUGCUCAUACAAUCUACUCGUCGUAACGCAUGGGUUCUACCUAAGGGGGGGUGGGAGACCGAUGAAGAGUGCACCGAAGCAGCUCAACGUGAAGCAUGGGAAGAGGCAGGAAUAGUUUGUACCGUCGAGUACGAUUUAGGUCAGAUCACCGAGACUAGAACGGCGAAGCAAAUCUCGAAGAAUGCACCCAAAGCACUCUACCAAUUCUACCAAGUCACCGUCACCAGCGAGGAAAGAGAAUGGCCAGAAAUGCAUAAGAGGAAUCGAAAAUGGGCGACAUACUCAGAGGCAAAGCAGGAUCUUCAAGAACGUCCAGAGUUAUUACAGGCUCUUGAACGUUGCACCAUUCAACGGUAGCCUUGGGGGCCCGGUGUUUAUGCUCCAACAAUAUCUGUGGGUGUCCGUGGACGGUCGCGAAAUACCAUACACGGGGCACGUUGUACGAUAUACGAUAUAUUUCUAUCCGAUCGAGUCGAGAUUGAGCAAAAUUAAGUUUGAGGUCGAUCGUAUACGCCACUGCCAAUUUCAGUUAUUCGACAGAGUUAUGGAUACCGGGUUCCGUCGAACAAUAAGUCCAAAAUUAUUUUGAGGAUUUUAUAUUGGGUUGGUUGGUCGGUUUUCUACAAGAAAAUUGCUGCUUUACUCUUAUCAUUUUCGUCUGCACUAGAUGGCAAAAUAAAGUCGGAUCUAAUGCAGUGUGUUCUCACUCGCUCACAUGUUUUAUGGUCAAUUCUCCUGUCUGUUGAACAUCUUUUUGGUACUCGACAGCUUCAUUAUCAUAUUUACCAAAAAGCGCCAUGCCAUAUAACAUUUUGAGAUCUUCAUUGACGUACGUACUUGAGUACCAACUGUACUGUCCUUGCUAUAUCUAAUGAAGUGGGCGUUGUUUUACUAAUAGCCCAUUGAGAAUUUCAAUUAACAUUCAACACAAAGAGAAAAAGGAUGGAUUGAUUGACAUUGAAUUAAUAUAUGAUAGAAAGAAAUACAGAUCAACAUCAUUAAUAUUAGUAUGUCAGAGCAAUAUCAUUCAUUCACACGAGAAUCUCUUCAAUAUCAAUAUCAAGAUCUGCAGAGCUAUUAGAAGUAUUAACAUCAGAAUCUAAAGAGCCAUAUCAUUUAUCAUGGGGUUCUCUAAUACAGUCCAGUCCAUUGUUUCAAAGGCAAUCUUCUAAGAUCUUAUGAUAUUUCGUUUUUAACUCUUCGGUAGACAUUCAAUGAUGGAAGGAUAUUCAGUCUAUUCAUAACCA